AUGGACCGGUAUCCUGGGGACUAUGUCCUCCAUAACCUGCCCUUACUUGUUAUCUCCGGGUUAGAAACAGGCGGAGACGAGACCGAGCCCAUUACCACCGGAAGAACGCAUGCGUUUUUACAAGAAGGCGGGUUCAGGCUCAAGGUAGACAUUCCAGCGGUCCGAGGGUCUCUUGCGACGCAACUGCUUCAGUCCUUUCGCGCCCAGGAUGCCUCAGAAGUGCCAUGGCAUCAUCGGUCACUGGCCGCUCGAAACGGAAAGGUAUUCAAGAUUGCAACCGUUGGACGGGUAUACACUCUUCCUCCUCGUAAGGCACCGCCUCCGCCCUAUUCUCCCCGGCUGGCGGCUGCUGUUGCAAACGGAAGCCCUCCGCCGCCGCUCGUUCUCCACUCCCCUCUGUCACCCUUGACGCCAGGCUCGCCCUUGUACCCUGACGGUAUCAUCUCUUCUCUAUGGAUCACCAAGCAUCAGUCCAGGCUGCCUUGCGCACUGUUGACCUUCUUCACUCUUUCCUCGGAUCCCAAAACAAGUUCCCUCGCGGACAAUAAGCUGAAGUCGGAGAUCAACAGCAUCCGAAGCGUGCUCUCGUCGACGAAUUAUAGGACUAGACUUCUCCUUGUCCUGCUUGGCGACAACGAUAUCGACCCGUCUGAGGUCGAAGAUCGCUGCAACAACAUCCGGCGUGCUACCGGCCUCGAUGGAAAGAGUAUCUCGUUCCUUCCUCAUGACUCGUCGCCGGCCGAGAUCGAAGACUUUGUUGGUUCCGUGCUCUCAUAUCUCCAGCCUCUCUGUGUAGAAUACUACCGAGAUCUUUCGAAACAUGCUCGGCGAAAGCGUAAUAGAAACAUUGUCCCUCAGCCUACGGUGCAGCCAGGUACGUCUAGCAUAUUGUCGUUGCAAGGCUGGAACGUUCGAUAUGAGUUUAAGCUGGCCGUGUUUGCCGAAUUCCGGCAGGAAAUGGAUGCAGCCUGUCGGAACUACGAGACUGCUUAUGAAACCCUGUUCAGUCCGAAAGUCCUAGACGCCAUCGCCGUGGACAGUCCUCGUUUCAACGAAGCAUGGCUGCUCGCUGACAUCAUCGCCCUUCGCACGAUCAGGUGUCUUCUAUGGACUGAUCAAGGUACGACAGCGGUGAAGUCCUGGAUCAGUCAUAGGGAAAGGGUCAAAGAUUUGGUCAACCGCAAGGGCAUAGGUACGGACAACUAUGGCUGGGAAGCAUGGCAGUCCACUUGGACCCGGGUCAUGGCAGACCUCAUCUCAAGAUCAGGAUAUCCACCACUGAACGUUCAAAAUCCCGAAAAUCCAGGCAUGCUUCCUGUUUAUGCCCGAACGAGCAAACCUCUUGCCGCUGGAGAGGCUGCCACCCCAUGGGAACAACUACACCACGAAGGAUAUUGGCUUGACAUGUCCAGAAUAUGCGUAAGUAAGCGCCGAAAGUGGGCAUUACAGAUCCCGGAGGAGGACAGGCAAUCCCCAGGCCAUUCGUCAGCAUCCAUGGUUGCUCAUAAGUCGCGCUUUUACGACACGUAUCUCGCGCUCGAGCCUUACCGCGAGUUUCCAAAUGAUGGGAGUGCUGGGUAUGAUCAUGUGAAAGAAAUAAUCGAAACCUUGAAUGCAGCAAUUGUCCACUUCGCAAAGCGUGGUCAACUGCGUAAGGUUGAGAUUUUGGAGCUUCAUAAAGGUCUGGCACAUCUUAGUACCGGAUCGUGGUCGGCGGCUGUGACGACCCUCCAGCCCCUAUGGAAGAAACACAAUUGGAGGCGUGCCGGCUGGUGGAAGCUGCUCCAACACCUUGGCUGGGCGCUACUGGACUGCGUGCCCGGCACGAAAAAUCACACUCUGCUGAUCCAGUUGCUCUGGGAGUUGUCUACCAGCGUCUUUGAGGCACGACCAGGGGUCAACUACGACCUGCCCGUUGCUUUGAAGGCUCUGUCUCCGGAGAUUGCUCACCCCUCGGUAGCAAUAGACGCGGACGAAGCAGUAUCACCAUUAGUACCCGCUUUCGCUUUCGCUUCUCCCAAUGUGUUUGUCGGGGAACCCUUGGAAUGCCAGCUGUCCUUGGUUUCACGGGCGCAGGCAAGAUUGCCGCCUGUCCACCUCACCGAGGUCAAAAUCGUCUUUGAGGGUAGCCUAAGACCUAUCCACUUGGUCUCCGGAGAAGGCCAAUCUCCCGAGCAGAUACCGGGGCGUGCUGAGUUCGUUGAUGUCAGCCUCCAAGAAUCGUUGUCCUCUACUGCCAAAAGGUCAUCUGCCGGGACGAUCGCAUCUAUGACUGGUGUCGCCGAUUUGACUAUACCACCACUUCACACCAGAAUAUUUCGGUUUCGUGUCAUUCCACGAGAAGCAGGAGAAAUAUCGAUCGCAUCCAUCACGCUAUUGAUAGAUGACGAAAACUUUACUCUUGCGGUCACGUCGUCAAACUUUGAACAUUCGACACCUCACUGGUGGGAGGCAAAGAAUGGCAUUCCCAUUCCUCGCUUGCUUGGGCAAGAACUGAACGCGUUCAACAAGAUCGAGGUCAAGCCGAAACCGCCGAGGCUGCAGAUUGAAGCACCUGGACUAAGACGGUCAUAUUAUACUAGUGAAUCGAUCCAAAUCGACUUCAAUAUCAUCAAUGAUGAAGAUGAAGACACAAUUGCAUCAGUUGAGGCACGAAUGAUCAGUCAGAUUGAAGGAGCCGCGCAACUUGGGUGGGUAGCAUCUGAUUCGGCGUCGGAUGUGGUAUCAGCUACUCCUUCCGACAUAGGCGUGUUGACAUUGCCUGCUCGAGCCCUCGGGACGCUCCCUGUAUCCAGCAACAGCACCAUCUCGAUCAUCAUCACAGACACAGCAAUAGCGGUUGAUCACGAAGUUGAGAUAGUCGCACGGUAUAGCCUUGUCUCAGAGCCAGAGACCGUUUUGACCAAGACCUUGACCGUUGAUGUGGGCGUUAUCCGUCCAUUCGAGGCCAAUUACGACUUCUUGCCGCGCCUUGAUCCGGAUCCGUGGCCGAGUUUCUUCGAUGCUCCACCGCCAGACGCGGAAUCUGCAAGUGCGCAGGGUCUACGACACAAGUAUUCGGUAGCUGCGAGUGUCUGUUCGUUUGCGACAGAGCCUGUGGUGAUAGAAGCGAUUCUGCUGACCGCAACCCAAAUCGUAGGAGGUGCAUUAUGUUCCACCGGGACCGGCCUGGUGAGGAAUCGUACCGAGAGAACAGCUGGCAAAGACGAGGCCGCCAUCUCUGUGGAAAUCUUACCAGACCGGACGGAAAUCUUCGAUUUUGACCUGACGGUGCAGAAACUGACAUUGGGUGAUCGGCACACGGUUGGAAUAGAUCUAGCUCUUGAAAUCGGCUGGCGUCGGCAAGAUUCAGACAAGGUCAACACCACGUUACUCGAAGUGCCGCGACUCAUCGCGCCGAUGGCGGAGCCUCGUGUCCUGCUCACAGUCACUGAAGCGGCUUCGUUUCCCUCGGAGUUCUGUGCAAGACGGUUGGACUUCAUGAUGGAGAACCCGAGCAUGCACUUCCUGACGUUCAAUGUGUCUAUGGAGGCUAGUGAAGACUUUGCCUUCAGCGGACCCAAGGCAUGCGCCCUCAAUCUGGUGCCCAUCAGCAGACACGCCUUGACCUACCGGAUACUACCGAAUAAGAAAGACCAGUGGAUCGUGGUGAACCUGAAAGUGGUCGACGCGUAUUUUGGUCAGACAUUGAAAGUUCUCCCCGGCGGCGAAGGGGUCAAGGUCGACAAGAAAGGCAAUGUUCUUGUAAGGGUUUAG